GAAGCGAAGAAAGCAGGAGAUAUUGAGGUUCAACAGCACUCAAGGAUAGUUGCUAGGGGGAAAUAUGUUCACGGCUUCGAGGUUCAUCAAGUUCAGCCCGGGGCGAUUGACGAGUAUAAAGCUGCAGCGUAAGAAAAUAAUUCAAAUAAUUCAAAAGGCGCUUUUUGAGAAAUGGUUGACUUGUUCAGGGAGAAGUACUAUGCUGGAAUAAAGGAUGCUCCAGAGUUACAUGUCAAGCUGACUGGAAGUUGGGAAACCAUAGUGGGGCAGCAGGACACUUUUGUUCACAUACUUGAAUACGAGAAUUACGCCGGCUUUGACAAGACCACUGAACUUAUAAGAACGUCAGACCACGCUAAAGCGUACAAGGCGCUCCUACCUUACGUUACCUCACGGUCAUCUCAACUCACGCAAGAGUUUGCUUUCUUCCCUACUGCACCGCCCCAUGCCCAAGGCGGCAUCUUCGAACUUCGGAACUACCAGUUAAAACCAGGAACACUACUUGAGUGGGAGAAUGCAUGGCGGAGAGGCAUUGAAGCUCGUCGCAAGUUCGUCGCGCCCGUCGGAGCUUGGUUCUCGCAAGUUGGAAGAUUACACCAAGUGAACCACAUGUGGCAAUACCCGAGUCUCGAGGCAAGGAAAGAGUUACGUGAGAAAGCAUGGCAGAUUGACGGUUGGGCGGAGACUGUGUCUAAGACUUCUCAGCUUGCGACGCACAUGGAUUCGUUCAUCCUACUCCCGCUCUCUUACAGCCCUUUGAAGUGAGGGCGUGUGUAGCCGAGCGGAUGACAUUCCGCUCCGUCUACUUCGAGGAUGCUGCUCAUCGAAUACGAACAAAGCCUCAGGCUUCUGAUCUCUUAUCUUGCGCCGGUCAUGUUCUAUUUAUAUACUCCACCAUACUAAGGACUAUAUACUUGCCAUUCCAACUGUAUUACCUUCGAUACCUCUUCAUCUAUUCUGCGUAGUUGUUUAUGUAUGAGUCGCUAUCCACUAUCGCUUUGGAAUGGAGAGCGCGAUGAUCGUUUCUUGCACAGCAUGAGACUUUUUGGCCGCCGUCAGGUGUCCGGGACACGGACAUGCUUAC